CUCGACACUGUCCCCUCAGCGGAUCAGAGCGCAACGGAGCGAAAUGCUCUCCAUCAGACCGAGCUUCAGUGCGCGUGGUGGAGCUUAAGAGAAACCCGAACAUAAACAAAUGACCGCAAUAUAAAUUUGUGAGUGAAGCGGUCAAACUACUUGAGGCUGAGAAAGUAAGGGAUUCGCUGAACCACAGGAAUACAUAGCCUACCGUUAUUCAGGGGAUAAACGAAGAAAAGAUCAACAGCGAAAUAAAGAGCACUGAAGAUCAGUAAGAAGUGACUGUGGGUAGGUCUUCCCCUCCUUGGCUGAGCAGAAUGAAGUCUCAGGUGCUGCUGGUCCUGCUCUUCGCUACCUGUGCAGGGGCCACACGCUUCACUCGGGACAGCACCCAGAGGAGCACCCUGGAGGCUCCCAUCGGAGGAGUCGCCCCAGCAGGGAACAGCUCCGCCCCCGAGAACCUCCCAACCAGGCUGGCCCCACCCCGGGGCCCCUUCCCACCCAUGUGCGUCAAGCCCAUCGAGAUCAAGGAAGCCUUCAAGUACAUCAACACGGUAGUGUCCUGCCUGAUAUUCGUGGUGGGCAUCAUCGGGAACUCCACCCUGCUGCGCAUUAUCUACAAGAACAAGUGCAUGAGGAAUGGUCCCAACGUGCUCAUAGCCAGCCUGGCCCUGGGGGAUCUGCUGUACAUCCUCAUUGCCAUACCCAUCAAUGUCUUCAAGCUACUGGCAGAGGACUGGCCGUUCGGGGUCCAUGUUUGUAAGCUGGUGCCCUUCAUCCAGAAAGCUUCAGUAGGCAUCACUGUGCUGAGCCUGUGUGCCUUAAGUAUCGACCGGUAUCAUGCGGUGACAUCAUGGAGCCGGGUGAAGGGCAUGGGCAUUCCACUGUGGAAGACUGUAGAGGUGAUCCUGAUCUGGCUGGUUGCCGUGGUGCUGGCCGUGCCUGAGGUUCUGGCAUUUGAUAUGAUGGAGAUGUCAUACCGUGGGAGCAAGUUACGCAUAUGCUUACUGCACCCUCAACAGAACACGCCCUUCAUGAAGUUUUAUCAGGACGCUAAGGACUGGUGGCUGUUCGGCUUCUACUUCUGCCUGCCGUUGGCGUGCACAGGCGUCUUCUACACCCUGAUGUCCUGCGAGAUGCUGAGCCGCAAGAAAGGGAUGCGCAUUGCCCUCAAUGACCACAUGAAGCAGCGUAGAGAAGUGGCCAAAACAGUCUUCUGCCUGGUGGUGAUCUUCGCUCUCUGUUGGCUACCCCUCCACCUCAGCCGUAUUUUGAAAAAGACCAUCUACGACCAGAAUGACCCUAACCGAUGUGAACUCCUCAGUUUCCUACUGGUGAUAGAUUACAUUGGCAUCAACAUGGCAUCCCUUAACUCCUGCAUCAACCCUGUGGCACUCUAUUUUGUCAGUCAGAAGUUUAAGAACUGCUUCAAGUCUUGUCUGUGCUGCUGGUGCCAGAGGAAAUCGAGGGAUCUCUCCCCGAUAGAUGAGAGGGGCUCCGGGGUUCGCUGGAAGGGGUACUGCCGUGAGAAUGGCCUGGACUGGACCAGUUCCCGGUCGAGCCAGAAGUUCAGCUCCUCUUAAGGGCCCAGCGCUCCUGGUGGCUGGACGGACACACAGCCAGGCCAACUCCGGCCACCUUUUGGGGCUCAGCCCUCACUCACUGUGACUCCCUCAGUGAAGAGGGGGCUCCCGUUAAGCCAGAUGGAUUACCGCCAUCCUGGACUGGACUCACCGUGGGAAGGAAGGCAUAUGAAGAGGAGCCACCAUUUAAAACUGUAUAAAUGUAUUUACUCCCCCAAGGCAAGGCUUAUACUAGUACUCCAGUGGGAAAAUAUGACUUUGACAGUGUUUUUUUAUUUUCCCUUGCCCAUUAAGUGCUUAUGAAAACUGUGACAAUGAUAAACACACUUAUGGAAAAUGAUAACUUAUUUGCAUGCUGACCCGUCCACCUCCUCGCGCUUACACUCGCAUACAUAAAACAAUGUGUUGCUCACAUACUUGUAUCAAGCUCAGCCCGAGUCUAUAUAAAUCUUCUAAAAUCAGCCCUUCAACUGUGACAUCAUCAGCAUGGGAUGAACAGUUUCGUUUAUCUGCUUCCUGUAGUAUGGACAGUCUACCCUGGGAGGUCAUGGAUCACACUUCAGAGUGAAACAAUGGAAAUUUUGUGUCAGGUACCAUUUAGCAAGGAGGGAAUAGCAGCAGCAGUGGUCGUUUCAUGGAGCACACCUUCAAAAUAUCUCCGCUUAAUGAAACUAGAUUUGAAGGUUCCAACAGACACACACUGCUUUUUUUCUGCAGAUUCUUCCAUAACCCUUGUAAUGGUACAAAAUUGCUUUAUGUGCUUUUUUUGUGUAUGUUAUCUUAGUAUCUUAUAAGUCUUAUACUGUAAAUAAAUAUAAAAGAACAUGACAAUGAGAUUUAUCAAGGGCAAAUGUAAUUAUGAUAAUCUGUUUAUACUUCUUAUUCAAGAAUACAUUAUUUUUGGCUGGACCGCAACAGCGGGGCCAGCCCUAUAAACGCGAAUGUCUGUGACUGAGUCACUGAGUGAUGAAGUUACACCAUUGGUCGGCCGGUCGGUUUGGUCCAGCCAUAUACAAGAUUUUGACCUGGUCUUGUUUAAUAAGAUCAGAAAGUGUGUAGGCAUUUAUUGUUAGUACUUGUUGUGUCUGCCUUUCACCUUGAUUACAGCCUUCACUCUGCUUGGCUUUGAUUCUACCAGCUUAUGCAAAAGCUCACCUUCCAUUUCAUCCCAGCUCUUCCCAUAGAUGAUCUCUUGAUGUUGAUUGGUGUUUGGCCUUUUCCCUCUUCAACUGCUCCCAUGGAUGUUCUUUUGGGUUCAGGACUGCCGACUGUGGGAGGAAUGCCAUCCUAACAAGCUCCCCUUCUUCUCAAUAAUGUAUUGAAUAAAGUGUAAUCGGAGUAUCAUAAUUGCAUAAUUCCUUGAUAAAUAAUGAAAACAACCAGGAAUUGGUAGUAUGCUUGGACUUUUGGUCCCCAUUUUAUAUAUAUUUGAUUCUGAGUCAAAUUUGCCUCUGUGGGGUGAGAGGGUAUGCAUAUGUAGGCUAUAUGUCAAUUUAAAAGCAUUGCAUUGCCAGAAAUACAUGUACCAAGUUUCUAUUCUCCAAAAGUCAUUGUCUUUUCAUAUUUGCAAGGCUUUUUUAUACAAUAUCUAGUUGGUCAAUAUGCAGCAAAUAAAUACUAUUUUAUCACA